AUGUUCAAAUUCAAUCCUGACCUUCCCCAAGUUGAACUCGUGCAGGUGUAUAUAACGGCUGGCCCGUUCUUCGCUUUCCUCCUUCUUCCUUCGCUCUUCGUCUGCGCUUUCUUUGUUUCUCUUCCAAUGAUGGACCUCACUUCCCCACUCAGCCCGCCUAUCACGCCUGGCGCAAGAACUGUGCCAAGGAAAGCCAGCGCAAAAAAUCUGAACAGCGCACUGUCGCCCCAAGGUGCUCGUCCAAAAGCCCGUCCCCGUCCUGAGCGUCCCAAGACCAUCCAUGAGUCACCAUCCUCGAAGAAAACGAAGGGUAGCCCUGGUCGAGGCCUCACCGUGCUCAUCCAGGAUGGGAUGUCGCUACCGCAAUCGAUACAGAGCGCGCCUGUGAAGACCCUUAGACCUCUUCCGAGCGUUCCAGUUCCUCCUCUUCCAACCGCCAGCGCCGUAACCUUUUCGACACCGUCGACCUCACUCGCGACCUCAAGUAGCAGUGCCGGGGUCGCGGAUCAGCAGACGCCUCGGCGUGCACUCCGACCAUUACCAUGCCCGCCCCCCGCCCUAAAUCUACCCCCCGUAACGCCGCCCAGAUAUACGAACUCACCCUCUCCUCCUUCCACAGAGCGCCCCCGUGCCCCAGCCGUAAAGCCACUACCCAUCCCCGUUCUCAAAGUCGAGCCGCUACGGCUGUCACGCCACGCGCCCUCGCAAUCGCUUCCGUGUAGUGGCAGCCCGCUCCUCGGGAGCUUGGACACACCAAUACCAUCGCCGCGGUCGCGAACACCACCGCCCUCCCUUCCCCCACCUGUUCCAGAGAAACCGACGCGCUUUACUUUCACGCAUGCCAGGGAUUGCUCGCGCGACGAGGUGUUGUCAGAUCUUCUUGAGCCGAUCAAAGUGCCGGCGCUGUCCCCUGAAGCACCGACGACACAGCGUAUUAUCCUCAGCCAGUAUCAGGCCCUUGACGACUCGGACCAGGUAAGCGAAGACGAGGACGAGGACGUUUUCGGAGAUAUGGUGACGUACAGCAGGGGGAAAGAGGACGAGGGAGCGGAUUAUUCCUGGAUACUGUCCAACAGGAUACUUUACCGACAGAUGUCACCCUCAGCCGAGGACAGCAGCAAGUGGGUGCGCGAGAAGAAGGGUCGACGAAUAACGGAGCAGGACUACGAGAAUAUUCUGAACGCCUUGAGGUCCCUAUAG